CACAUUAAUAUUAACCCCAAAAAUUCCAUGUCUAGACAGACAAUUUAAUCAACAGACCACAGAGUUACAAACAACAAAAACUCGAACGCAGCCAUAUUGAUCAUGCCUUCUCCGAACCACAAAUUCGAAACCGAAGCUUCUGAGGAGGAAGAUAAAUCCACAAAGAAUACUACUUUCUUUGACAUCUACGGUCCACAAGGGAAAGUAGAUGUUGUUUUUAAGGCACCCGAAGCUGGUUCAACUUUGAAUUUGCAAGACGUUCAAGGACUUGUUAUGUGGGUGCUAGCUGAAGGAUUCAUGCCAUCAUGGGUUUUUAUCAAGAACAAGCCCCUGAUUCCAAAAGUGGUUAUGCUUUAUGUCCCUGGCCUUGAUGCAGGCUUGUACUUAUCACAGUCUAAAAUACUUAAAGGUUUUAAAGACUGUUGUGGUAUUCCAAGGCCAGUAUUGGCUCUUAGCUGUGUAUCAGAUGGAAUGCACACUAUAGAUGCACUCCUUACAUGCAAGUUCAAAAGAAAAAGGGAUGGAGCUGAUUCAGUUUUGAGGAAAUCUGCCCAAACAUCCGAACAAGGAGGUUUUAGUUCUGGUUCCGAGAAUCCAUCAUUUAGUGACCUUAUGAAAGAUAUACCAUUCCCUAUUACGUACUACACACUUACAACAAAGCAAUUAGAAGAUAAUGGAUACUUCCAUGAUCAACCAGGUUUUCUUUCAACUCUUCCUUCUCCUCCAGGAAAUCCUGUCCAUGACAUUUUGGCUCUUGACUGUGAGAUGUGCAUCACCAGUGAGGGGUUCGAGCUCACAAGAGUAACACUGGUUGAUAUUAAAGGACAGGUAGUUCUAGAUAAACUGGUUAAACCAUCAAAUGCUAUCAUUGAUUACAACACUAGGUAUAGUGGAAUCACAAGUGAAAUGUUGAGUGGGGUGACCACGACUCUUGAAGAUAUUCAGGAAGAUUUUCUACAACUAGUCUAUAAAGAGACUAUUCUAGUUGGGCAUUCGUUGGAGAAUGAUUUGUUGGCAUUGAAGAUAUCUCACAAUCUGGUGAUUGAUACAGCAGUGUUGUACAAGCACCCCCGUGGUGGAUCCUACAAAACUGCACUUCGUGUGCUCACCAGAAGAUUCCUUUACAGGGAGAUACAGGAGUCGGGAAGUGGGCAUGAUAGUAUAGAAGAUGCAAGAGCUGCUAUGGAACUGGCAUUGUUAAAGAUCAGGCAUGGACCAGAUUUUGCUUCACCUCCAUCAUUAGCGCGGAAGAAGCUCCUUACGGUUUUAAGUGAGUCUGGCAAGGCCUCAACUUUGAUUGAUAAUAUUUCCAUAGUGAAGCGAUAUGCUUCUGAGUCAUCCCAUGCCAUUCCAGUAUCUUCAGAUGACAAGGCCCUUUUGAAGGCCAGUAAAGAGGUUACAAACAAAAAGGUACACUUUGUCUGGGCCCACUUUUCGGAAUUAAAUUCCUAUUUCAAGAAACAAGCAGAGGACACAGAGAAGGUAAAUGGAAGGCUUGCUGAAAUGAUAUCACUGCUUACGUGCAAAAAGAAAUCUACUAGCAGAAAUGGCAUCAAAUACAAGGUCUCCUCUGAACUAAAGGACAUUUUAAGUCGCUUGGAUGCUAGAAUCCAAUGUCUCCACUCCAAUUUACCAACAAAUGCCAUAAUUGUUAUUUGCACUGGUCAUGGGGACACGGCAAUCGUUCACAGAUUGAGGAAAAUGCUUACACAGCAGAUUGAUACUGCUUUGUGCCGUGAGAAACUUGUAAAGGUCUUGGAAGAGCUGCAGGCCCAAGCUGAAGUAGGUUUGUGUUUUGUGGGUGUAAAACAUUGAGUAUCAUUAUGGUUGUCUCGGUCUUGCCUUCGAGGAUCAUCAUCUAUGUAAUGUAGACAAGUGCUUAUAUACAUACACCCCUGCUUUGAAUAUAUAUAUAUAUAUAUAUUUUGAUUUAAACAGUUCAUGAAAGUGAAGCUGAACAAAUUUUGCA